AUGAAGAAGGUAUCGUUCUGGCUGUUUGUGUGCGUUGUGUAUGUGGCGUGUGCCCACGGGUGUAGUGCAUCUGAUGAGGAGGGGCGUGAAGAUGUACUAAAUGCUGAUGGCCACACACGAAUGGCUGCAAAGGAAGCUGCGUCUGCACCGGCUGCUAAUUCUUGUGAGGCUGGAAUGGCUAUAGUCAAUGGGGAGUGCACGGCUGCCAAUCAAAAUGCUCAGAUGGUGGCCACUGAGACUUGUACAAAAGAGGGCAAGCCUCUAAGCUGCAAUACACCCGAUGUUCCUGAGUCUUGCGACGGAAAACCGACCGAGAGUUGCAAAGGCGCCCUGAGUCCUGGUGCAGUUUCUUCAUGUCCAGAGGGUACGACAAGCCCUUGCCCGACUUCCGAUGAAUUGCAAAGUGUUGCGGAGCGUGGUCCCAUAGAUGGCCAACUUCCUUCCCCGAAGAGCACCGAUGACAACAAUUCUCAUUGUGCGGACGGUAAAACUGGUGUGAAAGUGCCGUGUGGGUCUUUGUAUACUGAAUCUCUGCCGGAGACGACAGGAAGUCGUGGGGUACCAGGUGGCCGCUCCGGUUCCGCUGAAGAUGGGAAACAACAUGUUGGCGGGAGCAAAGGUGAGACCGGUGCCACAAACGGCGGUGUUGAGCUUUGUGACGCCAGAACGCCUGGAAAGAGCCUGAACCCAUCGGGUGAAGAUCAGAGUGGAGGCCGUCUGCAGGGAACGAGUCUCCAGCCACCAAAGCAGGCGGCGGUUGUAAAGGCAACUGGAGGAGCCACGAACAGCGACCCAGCAAUUGAUGGCAAUAAGGGUCAACAAACUGCUCCACAGAACACGAGUCAUACUCCUAGUGGUGGUGGUGGCAGCACACAUGAGAAAACACAGGAAGAAAAGAACGAAGAGGCGAAGAAGCACGCGGAUACCAACAAUGGCCAAGGUAAUUCGGCGAGUGAAGUCAGCGGUACCUUCACAAGUACUAACGGUGGGGGGCCGGGUUCUGAUGCUUCCCCACCCUCAGAGCACAAUACCGAAGCUGCCAGUGCUGCUGAGGAUCAUUCCAAUUCGGAUCUUAUUCCGGGCUCUAAUAUUCACAGUGCAGGUAAAGAAAAUGAUUCCGUGCAAUCGCCCGCCACUUCAAUGCCUUCUUCAUCCAGUGCAGCAGUAGACACAAUCAGCAAAGCAAACAGCAACCCUGUGGCUGAGGAGGUCAAAGACACGAAGAACUCAGACAGCAGCGUCACCCCUGUGUGGGUGCACGUGCCUGUUAUGAUUUUGAUGACGGUGUCACUGGUGGUGUCAGGUGCUUGCUGA